AUGUACCACAGCAGCACGCAGCGCCGGCACUGGACGUUCCGCAGCGAGGAGGAGCUGACGCGCUGCCGGGCCGAGGCGAACCGCAAGUUCCGCGGCAAGGCGGCGGCGGGCGGCAAGGUUCAGCAGGCGGACUCCUUCCUCCUGGAGCCGCAUGAGGAGCUGGCGAUAUGCAAGUACUACGAGAAAAGGCUGCUGGAUUUCUGUGCUGUCUUUAAGCCCGCCAUGCCCCGCUCUGUGGUGGGAACAGCUUGUAUGUAUUUCAAGCGCUUUUACCUCAAUAACUCAGUGAUGGAGUAUCAUCCUCGGACAAUAAUGCUUACAUGUGCAUUUUUGGCAUGUAAAGUAGAUGAAUUUAAUGUAUCCAGUGCACAGUUUGUUGGUAACCUUCGAGAAAGCCCUCUAGGGCAGGAAAAAACUCUUGAGCAGAUACUGGAAUAUGAACUACUACUAAUUCAGCAGCUGAACUUCCAUCUUAUUGUGCACAAUCCAUACAGACCCUUUGAAGGAUUUUUAAUUGACUUGAAGACUCGUUAUCCAAUGCUAGAGAAUCCUGAAGUUUUGAGGAAAACAGCUGAUGAUUUUCUUAACCGAGUAGCUCUGACAGAUGCAUAUCUGCUCUUUACUCCCUCACAAAUAGCUCUCACUUCUAUAUUAUCUAGUGCUUCAAGAGCAGGAAUUAAUAUGGAAAGUUAUUUAUCAGAYAGUCUUAUGCUGAAAGAAAACAGAACGUCCUUAACCAAGCUACUAGAUGGCAUGAAAUGCAUGAAAAAUCUCAUAAAGAAAUAUGAACUACCAAAGCCUGAAGAAGUGGCUGCUCUAAAACAAAAAUUGGAGAAAUGUCACAGCUUGGACCUUUCACUUAAUGUAAACCCGAGGAAGAGGAAAGGUUAUGAAGAUGAUGAAUAUAUAACAAAGAAAUCUAAAAUGGAUGAGGAGGAAUGGACUGAUGAUGAUGUUGCGGAUUCACUAUAAACCCUCAAGGAAGCUGGUCUUCUCUUCCAACUGCCAGGACCUGCUCAGGCUCCCAGCUGUGGAGUACCUGCUCGAAGCAGAACUCUCAUCAUCCACCACAGGUUUCUUAUGGGGGUGUGGGAGGUACUUGUGCUCUCAGUUUUAAUGUCUUUACAAUAAAGCCUAUGACUUUUUUUACUGCAACUGCAGCUAGUUCCUUUAGCAAAUACUCAUGUGAAAUGUAUUCUUAAAGGCAUUUGUCACUCAGGGAAGAGCUUUGGAACAGGUUGGGAUUUGACUCCAGUUAGUGCUGUGCUGUAUUUCUAGACUUACCA